GUCCCGUAACACACACACAAUUUAAACCGUGUCGCCGUGAAUGUUGAGCGCGAUAGACUAGGGUCCGUCCCUCCCGUCCCUCCCUCCCUCCCUCCCCGAGUUGAGUUCUCGGCGAGGAAAGGCGUGCGAGUGUUGGGAGGCGUGUGCGCGCAGCCCUGGGCCUUUCCACGUGGACACGUGUUGAGGCCUCCGCAGCCCGCAUCGUCCUAGCCGCCCCCCGCUUCUCGGCGCCCGCGUGUGCGCCUUCGCGUGAUAAUAAGUCGUCGUGCUGUUUGCUAUCCCCACCGCUUGUAUUGAUUUAUCCGUCGUGUACUAGCGUUCGGGCCGCUAUACGCUAGGUCGUGUAUUUACGGUUGCUACUGCUACUACUGCUGCCGCCGCCGCCGCAUGAGCCGCGCCAUAGCAGCGAAGAUAGGCUCGGACCCAGUUCCGGGUGGUGCUGCAAUAGACAUGGCAUCGGCGUACGGCUUCCCGGGGCAGAAACGUCCACUGGAGGAUGCCGAUGUCCCUUGGACGGGCCCCCCGCCCACUAGAGCAGGCUUGGAGCUCGCGCUGUCUCCUCCAGACAAUCCUGACAGCAAGAAAAUGGCGCCACAAAGUGACCCAAUUGGUGCUCAGUUGGCAGCGAUACAACAGCAGCAGAGCGGCAGAGGUGGAGAUGCCCCCGAGAUGGGAUGGUCACCACCGCCCCGGUUCGACUCCCCGGACGGGGACCCUCACUGGCCGCCCUCCCAUCACGGUGGAGGCGGAGGCGGAGGUGGUCUCAACCCCAGGGCCCAAACAGAGGAAAUGAAAAUCCCCGAUAAGAUGGUUGGAUUCAUCAUUGGCAGGGGCGGUGAGCAAGUUUCAAGGCUUCAGACUGAAACCGGCUGCAAAAUCCAGAUCUCACCAGAUGCAGUUGUGGAUGCCACUGGCCUCAUGGAACGCACGUGCAUGCUCAUGGGACCGCCCGAGGCCAUCCAGCACGCCAAGAGUCUCAUCGACCAGAUUAUCGAGCGGUGCAGGAACGGGGGCCCCUCGGAGAACGGCGCUGAUGGAAUGGUCGAGAUCAUUGUCCCUGCCGACAAGGUGGGGCUGGUCAUCGGCAAGGGAGGCGAGACCAUCCGGCAACUCCAGGACCGUGCUGGUGUCAAGAUGGUCAUGAUCCAGGACAACCGGCAGAACUCGGGCGUGGAUAAACCUCUCCGCAUCACCGGCGACCCUUACAAAGUCCAGGUCGGUGUGCCGCCACUGCAGCAGGGCAGGCUGCCUCCCAGAAGCUCGCAAGCCAAGGAGAUGGUCAUCGAGUUCCUCAGGAAGGAGGACCACCGCGAGAGGUUCGGGGAGUUUGCAGGCCGGACGGGAGGCCGCGAGUCUGUCAAGAUCGCUGUGCCUCGAUUUGCGGUGGGCGUGGUUAUCGGCCGAAGUGGUGACAUGAUCAAGAAGCUGCAGAACGAGGCUGGAGUCCGCAUACAGUUUCAGCCUGAUGACGGCAGUGGGCCCGAGCGCAUGGCUCAGAUCAUGGGCGUCCCGGAGAACUGCCAGCGAGCCGCCAUGAUGAUUAUCGAGCUCAUCAAUGGCAUGCAGAUGGAAGGGCGCGAAGGACCCCCUGGUGGCAUGGGACCACGAGGGAGGGGCGGCCGUGGGCGGGGCUUCGGGGACUGGAGCCCAGGGCCUCCGGGAGGAAUGCAGGACCAAAUCACCUACACCGUGCCCGCGGAGAAGUGUGGCAUCAUCAUUGGCAAGGGCGGGGAGACCAUCAAGCACAUCAGCCAGACAUCGGGCGCACGGGUAGAGCUGCAGAGGAAUCCUCCCCCCAACACCGAUCCCAACAUCCGCAUCUUCCUCAUCCGGGGCUCGCCGCAGCAAGUGGACCACGCGAGGCACCUCAUGGAUGAGAAGAUGGGGCUCGGGGGACCUUCUGCUUUCGGGGGACCACCUGCCGCUUUCGGACAGGGUCCCUAUGGCCAGGGACCCCCAGGCCCUCCUCACCAAAAUGGACCCGGGCAGGCCUUCGCUCCCCAGGCGGGUGGGUGGCCCGGUGGAUACCAACCCUGGGCACAGGGGCAGCAGCAGCAACAACAGCAGCAGCAGCAGCAGCCACAGCAGAACCCUGCUGCGCAAGACCCCAGUAAGUCAGGAGACCCCAACUCUGCCGCCUGGGCUGCAUACUACGCCCAGUAUUACGGACAGCAGCCCACGCAACACAACCCCGCGCACACAGCAGAUCCGAGCCAGCCAGCAGGCGGGCAGAACGGACAGCCUGAUUACACCAAGGCAUGGGAAGAGUACUACAAGAAAAUUGGUCAGCAGAAUCCAAGCAGCCAGCAGCCUGAUUACAGCAAGGCUUGGGAGGAAUACUAUAAAAAGCAGGCCGAAGCCCAGGGACAAGGCAGCGGUGGUGCGGCCCCUGGGUCGCAGCAGCAGCAGCAGCAGCAGGGGCAGCCAGGGCAGCAGGGGGGCCAGCCGGACUACAGUGCCGCCUGGGCCGAGUACUACCGGCAGCAGAGCCAGCAGGCGUACUACGCUCCCGGUGGGGCUCAGGGCAACCCCAACGCGCCGCAGGGCCACUGAAGGAGCUCAAGCCGUGAGGUGCUGUUGCCCAUCCCGCCAGCCCACCCAGCCACCCCCCCCCCCCCCCCCUCAGCGUUUAGCGCGAUUGUGUGUAUUGAACUCUUGUUAAAAAAUAAUAAUACGAUUUUUUUCUGCUAUCUCGUUUCAUUUUUCAUGAUGACGAUAAUAAUGUUAAACGCAUUGGUUAUUUUGUUUGUGUCUAAUGUAAUGAUAAAACCAAGUGGUAUUUUAUUGUGAUGGUAAUUUCUUUGUUUGUUCAAUUUAUAGAAUGAUUGACUAAUGAUUUUUUUUUCCCCUCCUUUCCGUUUGUUUUUAUCUCACGUGCGUGUUAUUAUUCGCAUUGUGUGUUUGUGUUGUUGGGUUUUUUUUGUUGUUGGUAUUUUUGGAAGAAAAAAAAACCUCAAGAAAAAAAAACGAACCAAGAAGUCCGGUAGACGAUGGGGACAGUAAACUAAUCCGUAAUCUGGCACAGGCCUCGCAACGCACGCGCGCACACCCGCACACAGACACUGCGCGGUGGUUUGUGAUUCACCUGUUAACCCUGCUGCACCUCCCUCUUCCCCUUUUGUUGGACUACAAAACGAGUAUAUAUUUUCUAUGUGUUAGAAAUUGUGUAACGGCGACUUGAGGCUUUUUUGGGUUUUGGUUUGGGAGGGGCGGGGGGACCGCUUUUGAGAGCGCCAAGACGUGUGUGCGUUCCACACUUCGAGUUUCACGUCAGGUCAUAUGAAAUAAUACGCAGCAGGACUAACUUAUUUUUAACAACGUGGUGGUGAUGUGUUAAUUAUUUCUCGUGUUUUUAUUUUCAGUUGGGGGGGGGGGGGGGGGUGGAAUGGAUCUACUUUGGUAGUUGCCGAAAUGAAGUAACAGAAAACGUGUACACAUACGACUCGGUUGAAACAUUUUUAAUAGCUUCCGACAUAAACAGGAGAAAAAAAAAACGAUGCUUAAAAGAAAGUUGGCGUUUUUGGCCAUAUGUUUCUUUUGAUCGUUGUCGCCCUAAUUGUAGGUGAAAUGGGUUGGCGCGCUGUGUUUGGUGGUGAUACCGCUGUGUGUCUAAGUGGCAUGGGUGGACGUUUCUACGUGGCAGGGAGAUUUUGUUGUGUUGUUCCGUUCGACAAAGGUUUGACAGCGAAGCCCUGGGAUGAGAGGUGUAACUUUCACACAUAUCCAGCGUUUUGUACUUCAGAGUAGUGCCGCUACUCGUCUCUCCCCUCUCUACUACGAACGAUUUCCCCCCCCCCCCCCCCCAAGUCCAGCGUCGGUCUUAACCGCCCACGGGAUUAGGGCUGUGCUAAAAAUGACACGAAAGAAACAUAUAUAUAGUUGGUGACGAGGAAAACUUUGUGCUGUGCCGUUUCAUUUUUCUGCAGGCCUUUUAUAUAGGGGGAAACACGCUUUAUGUAUUUUGUUCGAUCGACCGCCACCCCCCUCUUCAGUUCCUCUUGUUGCUGAACAUUGACGCCUACAACUGUUUUUGGAUUUUUUGAUUCUUUUAAAAUGUCACGCUGUGUGCCGCGAUGGCGGUUUUUAAAUGAGCGAGAGAAAAUUCCAAGGACAUAUUAAAAAAGGAGUGUGUGUACCACUGUAUUUCAAUUAUUGCGUAAAACAAAUGUGAUGCGUCCGUCUGGAGUCGAGACGCGACAAGACUUUUUGGCGCGUCUCUUUAUAUGACAAAAAAAUUAUCUCGUUUUGCCAGUAUCGUGUUUUUUCGCUUGUGUUCCACUUGAAAGCUUUGGACAUUGGACAAGUCGUUUAAGUGUCGUAUCGGAAAUAUUUGGUCGGCCCCACGAUUCAACAGAACUAUGUAAAACGCGUAAUGUGGUAUUUUUGCUGUUUUUAUUUUAAAACGUAGCAUGUGCACACGUUUUGUGUGUGUGUGUGUAUGCUCUGCAGGUCGUCCGUAAUGUGUUGCGAGAUUUGUGUUUCUGAAAAAAACAUGGGAGAAGGAAGUGGAUCGUUGUGGGAGAGGGGAGGUCGCAGGCAAAAUGCACAAUGUGGUGGUUGCCGCGGUUAGAGCCUUUAACUCGGGAGCCGCGAGGUUUUCAGACGUUAAAUCCCAGUGGCUGGGUAGACUCGGGCCCCAUUAAAUAUUCAGGGUUUGUUACAUUAUGGUGUUUGUACCGUGGAUAGGCCGCAGGGUGGCGCAAUUCCCAGAGCGGCUGUUUGAAGAUGAGCGCCGGCCCGCGCUCGUUCCAGCAGGGGACGAGGCGCCUGUUUUGAAAUCCUCCGCCCGUCUGUGAACCAAAAUCGCGCAAGUGCUUUCGUUUCCUCCUCUCGCUACCAAAGUAAAAAAAACCUCCCAUGAUUUUUUCAACGAUUUUCUUUGGGUCUUGAAACGUCAGCUGUUUUGCUUUCAUACAGUAUACAUGCUAUAUAUGUUUUACGUUCACAUUGCGUCGGCCUCAGCUGUGUAAGAGCUAAGCUGUGGCGAGAGCUUUUACGCUGUGUGAUGCGAAAGCUACAUGUGCUUUACACAACUGCCUCUACGCCCACAAACCCCCCCCCCAUUCCCUCUCUCAGUCUCCUUCCUACUUGCCAGUCCUGAUAACAGCCCGUUGGCCACGCUAUUGAUUAAUGUACAUUUCGAAUGAUCAUUUCGAAGCGUCAAUUUAAUUGUAUUUUUGAUAACGUUGCGUUCGCCCCUCCCCCCAACCAGCCUUGCGUUGGCAGCAUUCUCAAUCUAAUGGAGACUUGGCGGUGUUGGCUAUCAGCUUGAGAGCUCGCUCUCCCAACUUUUGAGCAGAGCUGCGCGCCGGCAGCGUGACCUCAACGGCGAAAAUUUGAGACUCCCUCCGGACCCCGUUGUUGAAUGUUGCAUGACUCCCCCCCCCCCCCCAAGUCACCCGCGAAAGGUUUUCGCUCUACUACUGAUCGACGAUGCGAAAGCGUACGUGAAUUAGCAAUAGUCUCUUUGCAGCACUGGGGUUGUUGCCAAUUUGGCAUCGUCGUUGAAUAUCGGAGGGGGGGGGGGAGACCAUUUUGUCACAAUCUACGGUGCGCCUGAUGCCAAAAAUUCCGUCGCUGUUUUCGGUUCGUUUCCGUUUGGUCUGUUUGCGAGUUUUGAGGCUGGGGCAAAAAAAAAUACUUCAAAAUGAAACGACGUUGCUUUUUUUAGGGCUGAGCGAUUUGUCGUCUGUCGUAGAUUAUUUGAAACGGCAUCAGGCGACGAGAGAGACAUCCUUGUUCGUUGAACACAUUUGACCUGUUUAGUAAGUGCAAUUAGCAGCACCGUCAAUGUGGCCGAGGCGGCUGCGAUUCCUUCCACCGAGCAAUUUCCGCGUUGGCAUUUGUCGCCUCGGUUUGGCGUAGGGGUUUAUAUGGUUGUUUGGUGACCUGCUAGUCGGCCUUUGCACCGAUGAGCCAGUUGCAGGGGGGAGUGUUUCUGUUGCAGCCAAGGAGGUAAUUCCUGUCGUUGAGAGGCUGGAAAGUACACACCAGUCGCGUAUCAAUGGACAAUUUUAACCUGAUUUAAAAGUAUAACGGGUUAUUGAUUCUUGUUUUUACAGGCCACAUUUCUCGAUUGGAACAUAUAGAAUUUGUACAAAACUAAUUUAACUUUUCGUAACAAGCCCCCCCUCCCCACCUCCCCUCGUAGGUCUGAUUUUAAAAAGCAAUCGUAAAUCAACCCAAAAUUUGCACGCGCAUUCUACGGUAUCUUUCCGCAAGCGAAAAUAAUGCUGAUGUGUCGAACCAACUCGGCAGGAGAGAGGGCCUCGGAGAAAGAGCAUCUCGACACCCUCAUUCCUGGGCAGAGAUUCCACAUCUAUUUGGGGGGGCGGGGGGGUGGGGGGGAAUGCCCUUGACGGGGUAAGACGAGGUGUCGAAAGGCAGACGCGUCUUCGCCGUCACGGCCGCGGGUUUUGGCAGUGCGCAGAGUUUGGGAGCGGGCACCUGUGGAAUAUCGGUGGCGUCCGGGAAUGAUGGCCUCCGGCAGUAAAAUGAUGGGGAUUGCGGUACGCUGGAGGAUUUCUUUGCAUCGCUCGGCCCUGAAGUGUGCAUUUGCGCUUAUGAAGAGUAGCGUGGGUGUGCCCAGUCCUAGACACCUGCGGAAUCUGACCCCCCACAUAACAUUGUAUCUCUCGCCUCAUUAAUUCUUAAUGAGCCAACGUUUUGUUGUUGUGACAAACUGGUGUAAGCUUCAUUGUGGGGGGGGUGAAGGGUUAAUUUUUGUUUCUCUGGUGAAUGAGCUUUGUUUGCAUGGGUCUUUUUUAUCGUUCCCCCCGGUGCUGAUAGAGCGAUUAUCGUCUCAUGGUUAUCUUGGCGCGUUGAAUGUGGUCGCGGAUUUGAUUGAUGUAAUGUCUAAGAUUACACGAGUAUAUAACCACAUCUCAAGUUGCUCAUAAUGGGCACAAUUAUGAAACACGUAAUGCGAAACAUUGUAAUUUUUAGAGCGAAUUAUUUGAAAAACGAACAUUACUUCCAAAGUUUCUACGGAUUGUUAGAAAAAUCUAAAAAAAAAAUAGAUUUUUUUUUUAAAAUCCAAUUUAUUUCUUUAGUAAACCAUUUUAAGCCCCCUCCCCUCUCCCCCUCCCCCCUCCUCCCUUCAUCGCCUCGGAUUUAUUUUGCACAUCCAUACUUGCUGGCGCGUGCAUCUCUCCCAGGAUGUGGGAGAAUGGUCAAGGAUUUGGGUGGUUUUAAGAGCGCGAAGGCCCCUGUCGCCAGCCCCAAGGCUGCCCCCCUCCCCCCCAGGUUGCUUGGGAAGGACGAGGCGCUUUGUGCUGCAGACCUGUGCGGUGAAUGGUUAACGGGGGCGGGGUCGGGGGGGGGGCGAUGUUCGUUAAUAUAAUGUGGGUUUAUUUUUUUUCAUACGUUGAUGGCGAUGGUAUUAAUGCUAAAUGAUAUAAAAACAAGUUUUUUGUGUGUUUUUUUUUUCCAGCCAAUUCCAAGGAAAAUAAAUAAUUUCACGUACAUCGUUUUGGUUUAUUAUUAAUAUUAUUAUUAUUUCUCUCUCGUGUGAAGUGAAUCAUUUUUUUAACUUUACACUACAGUUCAGUCGAACGGUAGAUGUCGUUUUUUGUACAAGCGAUAUGGGGGUCUGAACUGUACAGCUUCGUUCAGGAUUGUUUAGUUUUUCUCUCUCUUUUUGUUAAUGCGUGUGCCGUUUAUAGCAUUCGGCACCACCCUCUUGCUCUCUUCUCCCGAAUUCCCACCACCACCCUCCCCCUUGUCCCUCUGCCCUGCGUCCUAACGUUGUAGCAUGUACCGAAUGAGAAACAAGCUGUCUGUGUCAUUUUACUGUGCCCAUGUUUUAUACUUAAUAAAUUGAUUUGGGAAACAUGUUGAAAA